AGGGGGUGCGUCAAGCAACAUGAUGCUUCUACGAUCUCUUGUGCUUGCGGCAACUGCUGUUGCCGUCCACUCCUUCGCUCCUCCGCUAGCUGCACAGGCUUCUCUGCGCAGGCUUUCUCCUCCCUCACAGCAUCUCCCGCUCACCGGCAUGAAGAAGGCUCGCGGAAGCAGCACACGCGUGCAGGCUGUGAUGAUGCCAGGGACAGAAGCUGCUAGCUUCCUCUCUCUCCUUCACCUCGCUGACCCCAGCCACCUCCCUGCCGACGUCGCCGCCUCCACCGCUGCCCUGCAGGAUGCAAUGCAGCUCCUGUCCGAUGCUGCCGCUGCUGCAGCGGAAACGACAGAGGACAAGCCAGGCGUCUUUGGCUCCUUCGUCAACUUGAUUGUGACCUGCUUGACCGCCUUGCACACUGCGUUCAAGUCUGCGGGCAUUCCAGGAGCGUGGGGAUACGCCAUCGCGACCUUCACCAUCUUUGUGAAAGCAGUCACCUAUCCUCUCAACUUCAAGCAGAUGUCUUCCACCAUCGCCCUCCAGCAGCUGCAGCCCAAGGUCAAGGCCAUCCAGUCGCGAUAUGCCAACGACCCUCAGACUCAGAACGAGAAGAUCGCUGAGCUCUACAGGACGGAGAAUGUCAAUCCUCUUGCAGGAUGCCUUCCCACGCUUAUCCAGAUCCCUGUCUUCAUCGGCCUCUACAGGUCUGUCUUGCAGCUUGCACAGAAAGAUCUGUUGGAAGAAUCUUUCUUGUGGAUCCCUUCCCUUCAGGGCCCCGUCGGUGAGUACAACGCGAAGACUGGCCUUCCUAUCGAUGCGACUGCCUGGCUCUUCAAGGGAUGGACGGAAGGACAUCCAGCGUUGGGAUGGGACGGGACGUUGGCCUACCUUUCUCUCCCCAUCAUCCUCGUCAUCACUCAAACGCUCUCACAGAAGAUCCUUCAGGUCAACAAGACGCAAGAUUCUCUACCUCUCCUCUCUCCCUCAGCUUUACCCCCUCUGUCUCCCUUCUAG